AAGGAAUGAAACACACGGUGUUCACGUUGAGAAUUUCUCUGCCUUCUCACUAGAAAAUUUUCGCACCCCCAACGGUCGAAAUUUUCUUGGUUGCUCGAACACUUGCUCUUCAUUUUGGUGAAUUUUCCCACGUUUAAUCUUCUCAAAAACAGUUUUCCCAAGCUCGGAAUUCAUUUUUCUUUCAUUUCCAUCGAUUGGAUUUGGAAAAAUUUGAAUUUUUGUAGCCCGGUUGCUAUUUUUGGAAAGAUUUUGUGCACAGAUUUACUGUUCUUCGCAGAAUCAAGAUUUUUUAUUCUGACCAACUUUUGACGAUUGUUUGUUGAUAAGGAGGAUUGUUUGGGGGUCGCCAUCCCUUGGCGCACCUCCCCAUCUGGUUUCCGGCCGCCGGGAGGUCCGCCGUACUGAGUUUCAGUACUAGCCGUUGCAGCGGGCUACUGUACACCGGCGGAGCUUUGACUGCAGAUUCCGGACAACUCCGACGUUCACUUCAAAUUCUGAGCAUAGUCUAGGGUUCGCCUGGUCUAGGCGAUCAUUUUGACACUGGUUUCAGCACCUACAACAAAGAUUUGAAGAAGCACAACACUAUUCAUGCCACUGUGCAUACUAUGUGCAGGUAUGCAGUAGUUUGCUAAUUGUUUUCUUCUUUUUGUAGGUCUUGGGGCAAAACGAAAUAUAUAUUGGGGAUCGCCAUUACUUGGAGAUCAACAUAUAUUUUUUCCAGAAUUUUCUGAGCACUUUGGGUUGUGAAGGGUGUUGUUCAUCGUCUUCCUCGUUGAGCUUGAGCUAUGACCAGGAAGAACAAGCAGCAAUGGAAGAGGACAAGUUGAAGAAGAAGGCCACUAUGAAGGAGGGUAUCCCUUCCUCUAACCCCAUCUUCUCAAAUUCGUCUGGAGCUUUUGCCGCGGCACAUAAGGCAACUGGCUCCUCACAAGCCGCGGCUUCCGUGGUCAAGGGGGCACAAGGGGGCAUGGCUGCGGCAUCCGGGGCCACAGGGGGACAAGAGGGUUAUGCCGCGGCAUCCGGGGCCACAGUGGGACAACAAGGUUAUGCCGCGGCAUCUACCAAGGCCAAGGCAUCCCUGGGUUCUUUUGCGGAGAAGCUUCUGGGGUUGGACUCCAACUCUUCCAAUGCCGCGGCAUCAAAUGAUCUAACACUAGCAAUCAAACCUGCUGUGGACAUGGAUGCCCAUAUCAUUGAGACAUCAGAUGAGAACAACCCACAUGCUAUUGAUGAACCCAAAGGGUCCAUAUCCCUAGGGUCACAAGACACUGAUUCAAUUCAAGAAGAGGAGGAUUUUGAAAGAGAACCUUUGACUUAUGCUUCCUUAUUCCGAGACAACCGUGCACCUUCAAAUGGUCUCAAACUUGAGUACUUCCCCCCCUCCGGAGAAAAGCUUGAUUUCUCCCAUCUUGAGGUACCUUCUCUCAUUGACAUUUGGGGCUAUUGCUUGAUUGGGCAUUUCUCGGGUAGAUUUCCAGGCAUGAAGGCUAUCCUUGAUAUGACAAAGAAAUGGGGGGUUCGAGUUGAGGAUAAAUCACAUAGCAAAGGAUGGAUUAUCUUCAAAUUCAAGAGUGAUGAAGAUCGGGUAAAGGUUCUUACUGAGGGCUCUUAUGUGCUUUAUGGGAAGACUAUGUUCCUUAAAACACUUUCUGAUGACUUCUCAUUCGAAAGUGAGGAAUUCUUAAGGGUGCCGAUUUGGGUUAAGUUUCUUAACUUACACUUGAGGCUUUGGAGGGCUACGGAAAUUGGGAAGAUUGCAUCCCAAAUUGGGGUACCAAUCACCACUAACAUGGUAACCCAAGAGAAGACCUUUACGAAAUAUGCACGUGUGCUAAUUGAAGUGGAUGUCUCAAAGGCCCCGGUGCUUAAUUUUCCUAUUAUUCCUCCUUCAGGCAAGGAAUACAAUCAAAGGGUCCUAUAUGAGACUUACCCUGAAUUUUGCUAUCAUUGCAAGGCCUUUGGCCAUAAUCCCUUUGAGUGCAAGGUGCUUAACCCGCACUUGCCACCCCUCAUUACUGCCGCGGCCAAAGCUAAUGGAAAAGGGGUCACGGGUGUUGAUCAAGGCAAGGGAGGCGCGACUAUGGAUAAGGGGAAAGACAUUGCUACAAGUGAAGACCCCUGUUUCAAACUAGUUGCCCGGAAGAAAACUAAGGCUAAGGCCAAGCAACCUACUGACGGGAAUGGUGCCUCCACUUCUACUCAAUUGGUGCCUAAACCGGUGGGCAAGGCAUUGGCUGCGCCUAAGCCCAAGGAGCCUACAUAUCCUUUCGUUCUAAAGAUGAACCAUCUAACAAAGGAAUUUGUUGAUGGAAUUCAAACCCCGGAUAAGGAAAUUGGGGGAAAGAGGGUGAGAAGUGUAUAUGAGAUGGACAUGGAAGAUGUGGUCACCGAAAUGGAGUUUGAUGACAAGGGCAAGAGAAGCAUCUUUGUUAUGAAGAGGGCGGAUCUUCCACUUAGUCACUUUGAAGAAAGAGUUGGGCCGGACUUUAAGAGAGCGGAUGGAGACAAGAGCCCGGGAAUGAGCUUCACCCAUCAAUGUCUACUCACGCUUCCGGGAGUCAAGCGAAAGGCCUCUUGGUAUGAAUUCGAUCCCCUCCUUUUUAUUCCUAAUGUUGUAAAUUUCUUUGAUGAAAACAGCAAGGAGAACAAGGCAUAUUUCAAGUAGAUGAGGAGGAGGAAACGAAGGGAAGAAAGGAAGGGAAUAACCGAGGCUGGAGGACCCACUUCGGACCUAUACCUCACUUAAUGCCGCGGCUUAUGGAAAAGCAACAGCAAAGAGCUGCAGAACUGAAGAAUUCCGGUCCAGCAAAAACUGCAGCAGAAGCAACACAAAAAAUGUUGAGUAAAAGAAAGGGAAGUCUACUGGUCAACUUCGAUGUAUUGGAAUCACUUUUCGAUGAGACUCCACUCCCUGAUAACAAUAAUUUCAAGAAAAGCCGAAAUGAUGACAUAAGCUCCAACAACAAUGGCUACCUGGAUGGUAUAACAGAUGAGACCGGAGAAGAGUGGAUGGAUGAAAGAGAAUAUGUCAAUGAGGAAAAUUAUGCAGAACCUGAAACCUAUGAUUAUGAAGAACAAUAUGAUUUCGAAGACUACUAAAUCCUAUACGAUAAUUCUUUGAGAGAGCAUUUUUUGCCCUCCACAUUAAGGGUUAUGAGAUUGGUUAGGUCCGCAACAAUUAGAUAUUGGUGUAUAGGUGUUGCUCAGUUUUUAUUUAUUUAACUAAACUAGUAAUUGUAAGCUAGUAAUCUCCCCUUUCCCCCUCACUAGUAAUU